AGGCGACGACCUUGGGUAUAAAAAAAAAAUAAGCCCAUGUAAGCGCAUUGGGCUUGUUUUGGACAGAGUUAAAGGAAAGUGAAACCUCUCGCUUCGCCUCAGCGCUCUUUAUAUUUUCGACUUGGUAGCUAUCUAGCCAACUUUCCUUCUCUACAAAUGUCUAAAAUAGAGUUAUUGAGAAUGUUUCUAAACCAGAGAUUGAUAGCGGCAGCUGAUGAGAUAUUUGGUGUCGUUGAAGAAACCCUAGCAAGGUACCAGGAAGAGGUUUCUCGCACAAGGGAGGAGAACAGUCGUCUACGGCUCACGCUCGAUAUCCGUACUAAACCAGAUAUCAAGUUACAUAGACAAGAUCUCCAGCAUCUAACUGUCACCGUGUCUGAUGAGGUGGUUUCCCCUGAGCAGCAGGAGUGGAGCCCCAGUCUGGGGCAGAAGGACCCAGAACCCACACGGAUGAAAGAUGAACAGAAUGAACCAAGGACCAGUCAGGAGGAUGAGAAUCAUUUCAAUGAGUUUAUCAAUUCUUACGGCUGUGUAUCAAGUGACUAUUAUCAGGACCCAACUCAGCCCUCACAUGGAGAGAGAUACUCUCUACCCAGCACCUCAACUGAACAGAUCAAAACAGAACCUUAUGUAGAAGACUAUGGUGUAUCAGAACCAACCAGAGAGUCUCAGCCCUUCUCUGCAGUAGAUACGGAGUGUUCUGCAGCUCAGAGUGAAAACAGAGGACAUAUUGACAUGAUGGAGUGUGGAGGAUCUCUGUCAGGUCUAAUGUUAAAGCCUCUCAAAUCAAAGAGAACAAAGACAGUAAAAGGACAAAGUUCUCAUAGUGUUAAGGACAGGAAAUUGAACCAUCUAAAAUCACACUCGAGACCCAGUGUAAGCUGGGAUGCUGCUCCUAGUUGUAAGGUAUGUGGAAAGCAAUUUGACUCCAUGGCGUCUUUAUUAAAUCAUGUGCAAACGCACACACAGGAUAAAGAACAUCUUUGUGGUGUGUGUGGAAAAUUCUGUCAGUCUACAGAAAGUAUGAUGGAUCACCUACAAACUCACAUCGGAGCAAAGUGUUGUCAUAUUUGUGGUAAAUAUUUUGCUUGGGAUGCUUUCCUGAAAAGGCAUUUGAGGAGUCAUACAGGGGAGAAGCCGUUUCACUGUCAUGAUUGUGGCAAAGGAUUCAGUCAGAGUGGAAACCUGGCGGUGCAUAUGAAGAGCCACUCUGGGGAGAAACCACAUCGCUGCCCUGUUUGUGGGAAAUGUUUCAGCAGAAACCCUGAUCUGACAGUCCACAUGAGGACUCAUACAGGGGUGAAACCAUAUAAGUGCCAGUAUUGUGGCCAAGGAUUCAAGCAGAAUUAUCACCGGAAACUACACAUGAAGAUCCACAUGGGAAAAACCAUAUCAUUGCCAUCUUUGUGACAUGUAUUUCAGCACUAGCACCCAGUCAACCGGGCUUGAGAUUUCACAUGGAAGAGAAGGUGUCACUGCCAUGACUGGCAGAGGCUUUGCAUAGACUGGAAGUUUGGGAGGACAUAUAAUGACAAUGCACAGAAUACUUUAGUGUAGAAAAUACUGACUGUAGACCUGGUUUGUGAUACAUGUUUCACUCAGCCGCUUUAUUGAGGAAAUAUGUUACUCGCAGUGACUAUUAAUGUGGUUGUUUUACCUGUUUUGAAUACACUGACUGUAAGUUGCUCUGGGUAAGACAGUGCAAUUAUGUUUCACUGUUAGUCUACACCUGUUGCUUACAAAGCGUGUCACAAAAAGAUUGAUUUGAUUUGAUUGCUGCUAAAUGCUUCAAAUGGAUGAAGUCCCCUAGAAGGUCUGAGAACAUUCACAAGAGGGAGAAACCAUAAUAACAACCUGAUGAAAAUCCUCCUGACAACAUGGCAGUUGUCCCCUGUGUAGGGAGAGUGUUUCAGACAGUACAAGAGGUGCAUUAAAAUAUGUAGUUCUCUGAAUCGACUGGCUUUAUUUCUAUGAAAUACAGUGCCUUCAGAAAGUAUUCAUACCCCUUGACUUAUUCCACAUUUUGUUCUGUUACAGCCUGUAUUCAAAGUUGAUUCAUAUUUUUCCUCACCCAUCUACACACAAUACCCCAUAAUAACGAAGUGA